CCAUCUCCCAUGUAAUGUUCUUGCUGGAAAGAAGUGUGACAAGCUUAAGAUGGAGGAUGAGGAAGGCUACACCACACUAAAUUUACGACUCCCAGCUUCAAUUAUUACUGAUGGAUACUCAAGCAAUAACAAAUGUCCUACAUUUAGUACUCCAGCCAAUUGUGUUACAGUAGACAGAGUUUCUGCCUCAUCUGCCAUAAGGCAACCAGCAACCUUAGUGUUCUUCGCUUUGAGCCUGGUGCUGCUCACAGGUCUGGUGGUCUUACUGUCCCUGUUUUUUCAGAUAUACCAGGACCCUGAAGAAGGAAAGAAGCUGCAGGCCAUGAGGGAAGCAUUGUGUUUUGAAAGGAGGGCAAGGAAUGAAACAGAAUGUGCUCUCUGUCCAGCAAGGUGGAAAAGCAGUGAAGCGGGCAGCUGCUUCUACGUUUCAAAGCAGAAGAAAACAUGGAAAGAAAGCCAGCAGUUUUGUUCCACAAGAAACUCCACACUUCUUGUGCUGAAAGACAGAAUAAAGAUGGUCUCUCUGCCAUACAACUCACAGUUUUAUUGGGUUGGAUUAUCAUACCUACCUGAAAGGAAUGGCUGGUUCUGGGCGGAUGGAACUGCUCUUUCAGGAGAAGCCAAAGUUUGGACUGUAUUAGGUGAGCACACCUUCUGUGCCUCCUUAUAUGGACAGAUUAUUUAUGCCAGUAACUCCUGUUCGACAAAGCAAUUCUGGAUCUGUGAGAAAGGAGCUGUUCAAUUUGCCUGAAGAAGCACUGUGAGAAGGAACGUGGGUUCUGUAACUGUUAGAUGCCAUUUCUAGGAAGUGGGUGUUUUAAAUGUAGCUUUAUUUUUAUUUGUUUAUCAUGCAGCUUUCUCAGAAUGUUAAUUCAAAUAGACAGGUCAACAGAGAUUAAACUUCCUCUUCACCUGCACCCAGGCUCAUAAAUGAGAGAAAAAUACUACAAAGCUAAAAGCUACAAGUCUAGGAAGCAAUUUUAAAGGGUUAGCAGCAGUCAAGUAAUAAUUCUUUCAUGAAUCUUUAGAAGGACAACCACACAUUCUCAAAGAACCAUAUAUUUCUUGUGCUUCUGUUAGAAUUUCUCCUUUCCUCAGCAUUCUACAGCUGCCAGUCAUAAACCACUCCAUCUGCAUCCUUGAUGAUUUUAUCCACUGAAUUACUGUACACACUAACUACAUAACCCUGUUAUAGACCAGUUUGCCUACUCAUGCCCUUGCUCCUAAUUCUGUUCUUCCAGUUCUUCCCUCCUUUAGAGUGUAGAAAUACAGAAUGAACACAAGGUUCUGUCUUGGGAUUCAGUCCUGAAGGGUAAAGGGA